AUAUAUCUUCACACAAUGCAUAUGAUUUUAUGACACUUUACAAAUUCACUUAGAAAAUUUUGAAUUUGUUAAUUUUGAUUGAUCUUUCAAGCGAUUUUUAAACGAAGAUCGGAAAUAAUACGUAACCAUUUCCAGAAAUUGUUUGUGCCGUAAAAUACUUAAGAUUUGAAGAACCUUUUGUGGUAUUUUCGGUAUUUUUAAUUUCUUGUAGUAAGAACUUCUUUUUAAUAUUUUGUAACGAGGAGUCGUAGUAGAAUGACAUUUUCUUAAACUACGAAAAUUAAUGAUAUUGUACGUAUAUGCACAUAUGACAAAGCAAUAUAAUAUUAUUUGUAAAAUUUUAAUCGAAUGUUUACCCAAAUUUCGAUUUCAUAGUUUUCCUUAAUUUUAAACAUGCUUUCGAAUUAGAUCUGAUACGACUGAUUUCGGACUCGUUAAUCAAUUUUUCCGUGAAAAUAAUUUCCUUGCGAUUUCUAAGCUUGUUAUGUGUCAUAAUGUAAAAUUCGUUUGGUUAGGCUAUUUGAAUAUAUAAAAUCAUCUUUUCUAUUGAAAAUAGUUUUUUCAAAAUUUACAAGAUAAUCAAAUACAUGAAAAUAGAAAACGUCAAUUGUGCGUCAAACAAAAGAUCAAACGAUUUACUUUUCGUUUGCAAUUGAAAUCGAUUUUAUGAUCGAUUUUAUUAAUAAAGUUAUCGAAUUAAUUACAAAUCGUAUAAAGUUCGUAUAUCAAUUAUUUUCCGCGGUAUGAAAUAAGAAUUGUCUUUAAUUUAGGGAGAAUUUAUAUGAAUGAACGAAUUGGAAUGAAAUAUAACGAUAGUUAAAUGAAAAUCACCCAAAGGCUUCCUUAAAGCGUUUACACACUGUUUUGUGAUUGGUUGAUUUCGAUCUGAUUACGUUUGGAAUUUUUUAGGCUAAGUUUCUAUUGGUUCCUAUAAACAAGAGUACUACAUACAAUAGUUACGAGUAGAGUUAAUAUUACAGGAUGUUUGAUAUCAACCAUCUUUCUGCAUUAUGUAUAGGAAUUUAAUGUAUUCACUAUUUCCGGUACACAUGGUUGUAUCUCAGUUAUAUUAUUUGAUACUUAUUUGUAUGUUAUAUAUUUUACUACAGUGAAUGGAAUAUAUAAAGCAUAAAAUAUGGCACUUUACGUUUUAUAUGAGCAUGCAGCUGGCUAUGCUGUAUUCGGCGUUAAAGAAUUUGAAGAAGUAGGAAUGUUAUUACCUCAAGUUGAAGCAUCAGUAACAGAUUUAUCAAGAUUUAAUGCUGUGGUAAAGCUCGUUGGAUUUUCACCUUUCAAAACUGCUUUAGCUGCAUUAGAGAAUGUGAACAGUAUCUCGGAAGGCAUCGUACCCGAAGACCUACAAUUGUUUUUAGAUUCUAUUUUGCCUAAAUCCGAUCAGAAAAACAAAAUCAUUCUUGGUGUAUCAGAUCCAAAAUUAGGUGCCAGUAUCACAGAGAUAUUGGAUAUAAAAUGUGACCAUACAGGUGCUGUACCUGAAAUUAUCAGAGGAGUAAGAUUUCACUUUCAUAAUUUAAUUAAAGGUUUUACUGCCAAAAGUUCUGCAGUAGCUCAGCUUGGACUUGGUCAUAGUUAUUCAAGAGCUAAAGUUAAAUUUAAUGUUAAUCGUGUGGAUAAUAUGAUUAUACAAGGUAUAGCUUUACUGGAUCAACUGGAUAAAGACAUAAAUACAUUUAGUAUGCGUAUACGUGAAUGGUAUAGUUACCAUUUUCCAGAAUUAGUAAAGAUUGUUCCUGAAAAUUAUAUGUAUGCCAAAGUGACACAAUUAAUUAAAAAUAGAAAAGAAUUAACAGAAGAAAAGUUGGAAGCAUUGGAAGAAAUUGUUAUGGACAGUGCAAAGGCUCAAGCAAUUAUAGAUGCCUCUAAAUCAUCUAUGGGCAUGGACAUCAGUCCUGUGGAUCUUCUUAAUAUUGAAAUGUUUGCUAGACGUGUAAUAGGAUUGGCAGAUUAUCGAAAGCAAUUGGCUGAAUAUUUAAAAUCUAAAAUGACUGAUAUUGCACCGAAUUUGGCUACUCUUAUAGGGGAUCAAGUAGGAGCUAGAUUAAUAGCUCAUGCUGGAUCAUUAACCAAUUUAGCAAAAUAUCCUGCAUCUACUGUUCAGAUAUUAGGAGCAGAAAAAGCAUUAUUUAGAGCAUUAAAGACAAAAGGUAAUACACCUAAAUAUGGAUUACUAUUCCAUUCUACGUUUAUUGGCCGUGCUGGUACUAAAAACAAAGGAAGAAUAUCCAGGUAUUUGGCCAAUAAAUGCUCUAUUGCAUCAAGAAUAGAUUGUUUCGCUGAGACACCAACAAAUAUCUUUGGUGAAAAAUUACGACAACAAGUGGAGGACCGUUUGAAAUUCUAUGAAACGGGUGAGAUACCUAAAAAAAAUAUAGACGUGAUGCAAGAGGCACUUGAAGAAGCUCAACAUGUAAUAGCUAAUCUGGAAAUGGAAUCACAGAAGAAGAAAAAGAAAAAAAAUAAGAAAAGAAAACAAGAAGAAUUACAAAAUGGUAAUACUGCUACUAAUGGUAUUCAUGAAAAUGGAGACAAAGAAGAACUUGUUCAGGAGAGCGAGGAACCUUUAAAAAAGAAAAAGAAAAAGAAAAAGUCCAAAAGUAUAGGUGAUAGUAUGGAAAUAUCAUAAAUAACAUUAAAUUUUACUAUUUGUAUUAUUGCUAUAUCUAUAUUAUCUCACACACAUUAAAAGAACUGGCAUAUUCAA